GCGGUUUGUCCUUUACAUUAAAAGGCGGUACGUUUGUCAUCCUCAAACGAUCCAGACUAGAAGAAAUAAAGUAACUAAUCAAUAAUAUUUUUUCGGUAUCCAUUUUACCAAAGAGGAAGAGAACAAUGACCAGUUGCCAUUCGUGAACGUGCUCAGGAGAAGAUAUGCUUUGGGUCACUGGAAACAACAGUUUAUCGGAAAGGGACGCAUACCGAUCAGAUCUUAAACUAUUGCAGUAACCAUCUGACCAUAUACAAGCGAAGUCGCGUGAGGAAGCUUUUCAAAUGGACCAAGACACACUGUAGCACGCCGCAAAUGAGGAAGGUGAAGGAGGACCACCUGUUUAGUUUGUUUCAGCGAAAUUCGUAGCCUAGAAGGUUUAUUUUACGCUGCAUGCUUUCAAAGGGCCAGUCACAACCCGGGUCUGCACUUGCAGCAGAAAGAAGAACCAUUAUCCUACGUUACGUCUAUGGGAUUUCUGAAAUCGCAGCGGGGCUUCUAAUGCUUCACGGGAUAAAUGUUGCACACGAAGCAAGGGAAACCAUGCGAAGUAAACAUUUUAAGGGAACAGAAGUGGCCCAAGGCUCAAGCAAAGUUGAGCAGCUCGCUGCCGAUGCAGUUAAAUCGGGUUCCGCUGCAAAUGAAGGUUGUGGAUCAACGGAUAACAUGGAACAUGUGCUCGUUGUAGACGAUCCAAUCGUGGACAAGCACGAGUCGUAUGAGCCUGAUCGGACAGAGACGUUGGCGUCUAAAUCCCCGGAGUUUUGCGAUGGAAAGAAAUCCCCGCACAGUAGCGGAAACCGAUGCCACGAAUGUCACAAACGCCUCGGCUUGACAGGUCUACAGUGCCACUGUGGCCUUACACUCUGUGAGUACCACCGGUAUACCGACCGUCACAACUGCAUUUUCAACUAUCACGAUCAAGCGCAGGCUCAGAUUCGGAAGGACAAUCCAACGGUAUCGGGGGAGAAAGUCAGGAAAAUCUGAAUCAUCCUUCUCAUUUUGCUUUCCACUGCAGCGAUCUAAUUUGUAUAUCUAUCAAUAAACCUCUUAGUUGAUA